UAUUUACUUCAAACAAAGUAAUCGCGUCACCCACCUGUUGACACUCCAAAACUGGAGAAAGUCUGUUUUAAAAUGCUGAACGUAUCUUGUGCUUCAAUAAAUUUUAAAUUAAAACGCAUCUUAAAAAUUCCUCAAUCUGCCGAACAAAUUCAAACGUCGUCAAGUUCCUUAAAUACCAGAUUUCUGUUUAGAGGAUUCCCUUCUGGAAGUGACCCCAUUCCUCCCACUCAAAUGAGGAAUGUAAGAAAUCAACCUGUGCUAACUGCUAAUACUGUAAAGGCUGCAAACAGGUUUCUUGAAGGGUUGACGCUGGACGUGUUUCACUCUGCCGGAAAUCCAAACGUGGAGCUUCGUCUCUACUCUGACGCCGUAUAUCCCCAAUCUUAUUGUCAAUACUGUAAUAAUCCGGCUAUUCCGACUAACUCACAAAAUCAAAAUCAUAUACGCCUCCAAGACAUUCGAGAUGUGCUAAUAUGCAUAAAUUUUGAAAACAAAGGAGAAACCUCUGCAAUAUAUGAAGUUCGUGGGGAUCCGUCAAAUUGUCCGAUUCCAAAUCCUUUGUGUCCCUGCAAUAAUGAGAAGUUUUGCCUAAGAAGGUCCCUAUGCCCGCUUAACAUUUUCGAAAAAUAUGUCCAGGGUCCAGGUCCAGAUGGUCAAUUUGUAUCUUGCUUCUUUGAGCGGAUCGAUUUUUGCACUGAACCACACGUCCCCAGCGCCGAGGACUUUGAAGAACCACUCGCCCUCUUGGACAGCAUGAUGAACAAGAAGAGAAAGCUGUCCAAUGAUGACAAAGACUUCACUUUAGUCUGUGCCAACACGGGGAAAGAAUUUGCAUGCCAUAAAUUUAUUUUGUCCGCCCACAGUGACGUUUUCGUCGCCAUGUUUGCAUCUGGCAUGCAGGAAUCGGAGACAAAAACGGUGGCAUUGGCUGGUAUUCAAGAGGCGACGGUGGACGCCCUGCUGGAUUUCAUGUAUCAGGGUGGACUUCAAAUCCCGUUUUCUAGAAGUGACAUAGCCCUCGAGCUACUCGAACUGGCCCAUCAGUACGAAAUUCAGCCUUUGGUCAAUAAACUGGAACAAAUUUUGGAGAAUGAGGAUCUUGAAAAAAUUUCGAUAUCAACGGCAAUCAAGAUGUUUUCGUUUUGUGUAAAGUUGGAAUACGCGGAUCAAUUUACGCUGUUGGGGGAUAAAGCGGUUACGAUAAUUAAAAGAAAUGUUAGCAUUUUGGAGGAUCAGCCAGAUUUUCGAGAUCUCUUUGUGGAAAAUCCAUCCCUGGCGAAACAACUCUUUGUCAGGGUCUGCAUGGCAUGAGCGAAAUAAGCAGGAUUAAAGUGUAUGACCCUUGGUAGAUAACUCAGUUUAUGCAUUUCCAUAUAAAUUGAUUAACUUGGUAAUUACAAUUUACGUGUAAUUAAUGUUUAUUUCACUUUCGAAAUACUUUUAACAGGCAAGAAUUGUAUAGUGCAAUGCUCAAUAUUUCAAUAAAAUCUGCGAAAUCUAUAUAAGUUUAA